AUGGCAUCAAUCUACAUCGAUGAAGCGACUGGCAGCGAUGAGUCCGGCAGUGGCACGCAGAACGCCCCAUACAAGACCCUCGCGUAUGCGCUCUUCAAGCAUGACUCGCCUGACGUGCAGCUACAAAUUCGCAAGGAUAGCGAAACACCUUACGAUAAGCCAACAGAUUCCUCGUUGAAGAAGGCAAAGAAAAACGCGGAUGGUCUGCGCAAGAAAGCUGCGAAAGCGGCAGAGAUCGCAGAGCGCGAGGCGAGGGAACGUGCAGAGGCAGAUAAACGCCUUGAAGAAAGCAAGAAGAUCGUGCUCGUCGAGGAUGCGUCACUUCCUAAGGCUAUCAAGGCCAAAAUAAACAAAUUACCGCCUCUGCGCUCAAAACGCGUUCGGGUUGCGGGUUGGAUACAUCGUCUGCGCCAACAGAAGGGCAUCAUCUUCAUCGUACUGCGCGAUGGGACGGGAUACCUACAAGCCGUGCUUUCCGGACAAACGAGUCAAACAUACGAGGCUCUCACACUAACUCUGGAGUCAAGUGUCGAGCUUACUGGUACGCUGCAAGAACUCCCGGAAGGCAAGACUGCCCCUGGAGGCCACGAACUCGUCGUCGACUAUUGGAAAGUCAUUGGUGCAGCGCCAAGUGGCGACGAAGCAUUUGCCAACCGGUUCAACGAGAAAUCAGAUCCUUCUAUUCUCGCUGAGCUACGCCACUUCGUUAUCCGUGGCGAAACCGCGUCAAGCGUGUUACGCCUGCGUUCACAUCUUUUAAGCGCAUUUCGCGCUUCCCUGAUAGAAGAAAACCUUCUUGAAGUGACUCCACCAUGUCUUGUACAGACCUCUGUUGAAGGAGGCGCGACGCUGUUCGCACUCAACUAUUAUGGACAGACCGCGUAUUUGACUCAGAGUUCACAACUAUACCUUGAGACUUGUUUACCCUCGAUUGGUGACGUCUUCUGUGUGCAAGAGAGUUUCAGGGCGGAGAACAGCCAUACCCGACGUCAUCUGAGCGAAUAUACACAUUUAGAAGGUGAACUUGCGUUCAUAAACUUUGAUGACCUUAUGACACACAUAGAGGCCAUUAUCUGCUCAACCGUCGACAAACUCCUCGCCGACCCCGAAUCCGCCUCACUCAUCAAACAACUCAACCCAUCUUUCAAACCUCCCUCCCGUCCCUUCAAGCGCCUCGCAUACACCGACGCAAUCGCUUGGCUCAACGAGCACGGGAUCCAGCACGAAAAGGAGGACGCAGAGGGUAACGUCAUCCGCGACGCAGAAGGCAAACCAGUCAUGGUUGAUCACGCUGUGGGCGACGACAUCGCCGAAGCGGCUGAACGUCGAAUGACGGACAUCCUCGGUGUACCUGUGUUCUUGUAUGGUUUCCCAGCGGAAUUGAAGGCGUUUUAUAUGAAGAAGAUACCUGGGACUGGAGAGAGUGGGAAGGUAUUUACGGAGAGUUGUGAUUUACUUAUGCCUGGUGUUGGCGAGAUCGUUGGUGGCUCGAUGAGGAUUGCCGAUCAUGAUGAGCUCAUGGCAGCGUACAAGCGCGAAGGCAUCGACCCAACUUCGUACUACUGGUUCACCGACCAACGGAAGUACGGAACAUGCGAGCACGGAGGAUACGGACUUGGCGUUGAACGCUUCCUUGCUUGGCUGGCUGAUAGAUACACUGUGCGUGAUUGCUCGCUAUACCCAAGAUGGCCUGGUCGUGCGACGCCUUAG